AUGUGUGUGGCGUCCGUGUGUGGCGUGUGUGGCGUCCGUGUGGCGUGUGUGGCGUGCGUGUGGUGUGCGUGUGCUCUGGAGAAUGAUUAUCUGCAGGAGUGCCUUGAAGUGGUUCAGCAAGAAUUCAUGAUCUUCAACCGCGAGAAGUUAAAGAGGCGUCAGGAGGAGGGGCCCUCUGAGGCCGGAGCUACAGACCAGGACCUCCCAGACCAGGACCUCCCAGACCCUGAGCCAGACCAGACCCCAGUCCAGGACCCAGACCAGGACCCAGACCAGGACCCAGACCAGGACCCAGACCAGAACCCAGAUCAGGACCAGCACCAGAAUCAUGACCAAGACCAGGAGCCGGGACCUGAGGCCUCGUCCAAACGGAGCAUGUGCGGCUCCGUCUGCUCGUCCCCUGGGAGCUGCUAA